CGCGCGCGGCCUGCUCGUGACGACGCUGGCCUUUAAAUCGCCGGCGAUAAAUCCCGCAUGCGACGAUCCGCACACGAUCGCAGGUGCAACCGUGCGCUGGAGGAUACGCGACGCCGCCGCCGCCGCCGCGGCGACGGCGGCGGCGCUCGCUUACGCAUGUCCUCGUAACGUCACUUUAUCCCGCGCCGCGAAUAAAAUUCGCGCGCCGCGACGAAGCUCCUCUCUUAUUCCCGUAAUGAGCGGCGAGGACAGCUGAGAUUAACCCUCGCUCAUAAAUCCAUAGCCGCGCGCGCCCCAUCGAGCGCGACUUUAUUAAGGAUCUCCCCUUCAUAAAAAUGUCGAGGCAGGUUUCGUGUUGCUACAGUCGGGUCUUCGCAAUCCUUGCGUGUGAUGAUAAUGUGAACUCCGGGUACUUCUGCUUGAGAUUAGAAAUUAUUAUUAUAGGUAUAACAAUAUACUAUAAUUGAACGAGAUCGGAAAGUAACGCGUUGCGACACUUCACCUCAAUGAAUUUCGCAAUUCAUCUUGCGUGUUCGUUAGGAAAGUGCAUCUUUUCUGAUAACCGCGGGGGACAAAUUUUCCUAUCAGACACGGAAUGCGUUGCGAAACUCAUGUGGAAGGUGGAAGUGCCGUAAUCUUUCAUCCUCAUCUCGUACUGGUAUCGUACGAUAGCGAAUGAUAAAUGAGCGAGAGAUGAGAAUCGACGGACGACAAUGGGGCAGGAGUACGUUGACAUUCUUGUCGCAGGAAUGAAGGAAGAGAACUCACUUGAGGUGACUGACUGUGCUCGACGCGUGCUCGAGAUCGCCAAUGUGGCUUUUCGCAUCCAUCCCCGUAUUCCCGAGUGACUGCUCGACUGUCGGUUCGCCAACUUGGAGAACAAUGUUAAAGGCUCGUGAAGCACACACACACACACAUACAUACACGCGCACACCCACCUACGCGACGCACAAAACGAACGAUUGUUCGCGUUUGGCGAGUCGCGAGCGGACGACGGUAGCCGUUGGCGCGGAUCGCCUCUUCGCGGGCGAAGAGAAGGACGAAGAGAGGGAGAAGAGCGACGCGUCCGCCGUCGUUCACCAGGGUGGCCGCGAUAUAUCGAGACGCGUGCCGGGUGAUGCCGCAGUGCGAAGUGUCCUCUUCAUCCUCAUCUUCGUCAUCCCCGCUGCAUUCUCUGUCGCUGUCAUCGCCGUUGUUGUCGUAACUGACAGCCACGAUGGUUUAUCGCAGGAUCGUCCACUCGCUGGUCUGGUGGUUGCUGUCAUACCCUGCGUGCUUCCCGGCUGAGAAACUGUCGCCCGAUCAGCAGGCGCCGCUGUUCGCCCGCGGCUCCGGAGGUCUGAUCCUGAAGCCGCCGUUCGAGAGUGCACGAAGUGUGGCGACGAGUCCGGCGGUCUCCACGAACACCGUCAGCGAGGACGGCGUCGAGAGGGAGGAGAUCGCCAGCUUCAAGCUCGUGGACGGCGAAUUAGUCCGGGUGGUGGAGGGACACUUCUCCUACAGGAGCCCCGAAGGGAUCCCCGUCUCCGUGAAUUACGUCGCGGAUGAGAACGGGAAUCGAGCUGGUUUCAGGCUGGGCGCCGCCGCGACCGGCGGAACGACGUCUCACAUCAACGUGGGGGACUCGAGGCCAGGUGCGCCGGGAGGAGGCACUACAUACCUGCCGCCAAAGUUGACAUCGUCCAAUGUCGACCGCAGCUACCUACCGCCGCAUUAACGAACCUUCGUGUCUCUAGGCGCGCAUCUUCGCGUAAUAUCUGCGUGCGAGCUAACCGCUGACAAAAAUGCGCACUCUCGGUGAACGCGGCGAUGAGACCUCGACCAAGACGAUGUUCCGCUCUCCAAUGAGAAUCUCGGUACAAGAACAUCAAGUUCAAGUUGCGACGAUUCGUAAGAAUAAGUCGACCCCGUUUGAAAAUCGAAUCACUCUCAAAUGAUUUUAGAUCCCCCGGAGUAGCGUUAAAUACGCCACGA